UCCGUAGCCUUAUGCCUGGUCUGGUCUCAUACAAGGCAGAUUCAAAAAGAGGGCAAUACGCCCGCCUUCCGACGUCAUAACUCAUCACGUGACAAACCGCACCGUCAUCUCUAACGCCAGCUUUCAGCUACCGACCUCUCUCUUCCUCACCAACUUUUCUAUCGCUCUCGAUUCAUUAUCCACCUGUUUACUUUUAAAUUCAACGCACUCUAUUGCUUUCUGCUAGGUACCAUCCUAUUCUUCCACAAUGGCCACUUUCCAGGACCGUGCCCAGCACAUGGUUGCUCAGCUCGACAAGGAGCUCUCCAAGUACCCCAUCCUUAACAACCUGGAGCGCCAGACCAAUGUCCCCAAGGUGUAUGCGAUCCUGGGUCUUGUCGGCGUCUACUUCUUCCUCGUCUUUUUUAACAUCGCUGGCGAGUUCCUCGUCAACUUCGCGGGUUUCCUUAUCCCCGGUUACUACUCUAUUAACGCCCUGUUCACGCCUGGUACUCGGGAUGACACUCAGUGGUUGACGUACUGGGUUGUCUACGCUCUCCUGACUGUUGUUGAGAGUGCCAUCAGCGCUGCUUACUGGUUCCCCUUCUACUAUAUCUUCAAGUUCGUCCUUGUCCUCUGGAUGUCUCUUCCUCAGACCAACGGUGCCCAAAUCGUCUUCCACUCCUUCCUCCAGCCUGUUCUCGGCCGCUUCUUCAACAACGGUUCGACCUCGGCCAACCUCCGUGCUCAGGCCGAGGCCGCUGCUAAGUCUCAGUAAACGUGAUCGCCCGGAGAAUAUAUUCGCCGUCUGGAUCUAGAUGUUCAUGGCCGGUUCUCGUUCAGCCAUGAACCAAGUCGAUGAUCUAUGUCCAAAGGCCCGUGGUAACGAAUUGAUUGACCGCUAGAUUUGGUUAUGAAGGAAUGAAGGGUAGAAGAAGAAAAACACGGAGGUGUAGUGAGAAAGAAGGGGAAUAGAGAGAUAUGAUGGUUUCGCUACGUUUGCGUGUUUUAUUUUACCAUAUCUUGAAUCUCGGGAAUGGUACAUGCGUUGAGUUGUUAUGCUAUCAUAUGCGUUGAAUUCUAUUAUUGAUGCAAAAACUUUCACUGUUGGUUUUUAUAUCCUGCGAUUUCAUCAAUAAAAUAUGAUAUCUGAACGUCUUAUUUUCAAAGGUUA